UGAGAACUACUUAAAGCAGAAACUAAACUAAAACUCAGUUGUGCCCGACCAUCACAAAAUGCAGAUACUUCUGUUGAUCCUUGGGACUGUGCUGCUCCCUAAAGCCUGUGCACUGAAAUGUUACGAGUGCACACCGGAGCUCUCUGGAAGCUGCACUCAGACAACCAAAGAAUGCCCUUCCAGUACUCAGUGUGGUUCAAUCAGGAUGAUUUCAUAUGCAGGUGGUUCAAAACUUGCUGAUAUUAAAAUGAAAUCUUGUGCUCUGGCUGAACAGUGCGUCAAUGGCUCAGUCAACUUUGGAGUUGCCACAACUGUACUUACCAGCAGUUGUUGCAGCUCUGAUCUUUGCAACUCUCAAGAUGCCCCUGAUGGCAGCAUACCCUCUCCAAAUGGGAAAAAAUGCUUUCAAUGUGAUGGGCAAGGUUGCACCAAAACUCUAAACUGCAAUGGAAAUGAAGACUACUGCAUCUCAGCAAAAGCGACUAUGGGAGGAGAAAAGGCAACUGUAAAAGGCUGUGCUUCCGAGCUGAUUUGCUCUAGCGUGCAAUCAGCACAAAUGACAGGAGUCAUUGCAGGAAAAAUCAGCUGUUGCCAGGGUGACCUCUGCAACAGGGCCAGCAGUACAACUGCCAGCAUUCUGCUCUUGGUGGCACCACUGAUCUCUCUGAUCUGGAUCUCUUAGCUGAUGGAAACAACAGCAUCACAGCCCAGUUUCUUCUCAUCUUCACAAUGCUUCCACCCAUUUCAACAGAGCUCAGAGAGAAUAGAAAG